AAUUACUUUUAUCCUUCUUCUUUUUCUUCUUAUCAUUAUAGCUGGCAGAGAUAUGUCUACUGUCAUUUUCGGUCAUCCAUAAAAGCGACUUCCAGUACUCCGACAGAGUACUUCGUACCCCCGUCGAACAGACCCUCCGACAUAAUCCGAGAUACUGCCGAUCAAUGGAAUUGAGACCAAACCCGCUUUGAAAUCAUCGUGAUUGCAGUCAAUCCACCGCUACGCCCUGGAUGCCACUAUCUGUGCGCAGAGGCGUUGGUGUACCCCUCCGGAACUCUGUUCCCAGUCCCUGUGCCACCACCGGGUGGCCUCGGUCCCAACGGUUCCUGGCCACUAGAACCCUCCAUCUGUCGCCCUCCCCAAAACCUCUUAAACCCACCGCUUCCUCCCCAGACCCGUUCGUCGCUUUUGCCAGUUCGCAAUUACCGUUGAUACCCCUGAGACAUCUAUCCAACAUGGCCGCUUCUCUUCAGCCCAACCAGCGUAAGCACAAGGUCACCGUGGUCGGCUCGGGUAACUGGGGUACCGCCAUUGCGAAGAUCGUCUCGGAAAACACAGCCAAGCACAAUACGAUCUUCGAGGAGAAGGUGGAAAUGUGGGUUUUCGAGGAGAAGAUCGAAAUACCAAAGGAGUCCCCCCACUACAACCCUACGUCACCACUGUGCCAGGGCCCGCAGAACCUAACAGAAGUGAUCAACAAAACCAAUGAGAACGUCAAAUACCUACCGGGAAUUGCUCUGCCUAAGAAUCUGCAUGCCAACCCGUCACUGGAAGAUGCGGUGAGGGAUAGCACCAUAUUAGUUUUCAAUCUGCCCCAUCAGUUCAUCCACAAGAUCUGCGACCAGAUUAAGGGGAAGAUCGUGCCAUAUGCUAGAGGUAUCUCUUGCAUUAAGGGUGUCGAUGUGAACGAGGAAGGCAUCCACCUCUUCUCCGAGACGAUCGGCAGGCGACUAGGCAUCUACUGCGGUGCCCUUUCGGGCGCCAAUAUCGCCAACGAAGUUGCGCGGGAGAAAUGGUGCGAAACGAGUAUUGCGUACGACCCACCGCAUCUCGACUCCAAGGAACCUAGCCCUCAGCAGUCUCCGAACGCGUCGAGCACCGAUGUAGUCAUACAGUUCGAGCACAAGGAUACUUCCGGCAAACUUUCCGACGUCAAGUUGCGCCCAGUACCAUCGGAAUACCCCCCGGUCGACCACGCCCUGCUCAAGGUACUCUUCCACCGUCCAUAUUUCCACGUCCGCGUCGUGAAUGAUGUCGCCGGCGUGUCCCUGGGAGGCGCUCUCAAGAACAUCGUCGCCCUCGCUGCUGGCUGGGUUGACGGCAUGGGCUGGGGUGACAACGCCAAGGCCGCUAUAAUGCGUGUUGGUUUACUGGAGAUGGUUAAAUUCGGCGAACGGUUCUUCGGUGCAACUAUCGAUCGACAAACCUUUACCGAUGAAAGUACGGGUGUUGCCGAUCUGAUCACCAGCUGCAGUAGUGGUCGGAAUUUCCGUUCUGCCAAACACAGCGUCGAGAAGAGAUUACCAAUUGACGAGAUCGAGAGAACGGAACUCAACGGCCAGAAACUUCAGGGGACAUCGACUGCCGUCGAUGUGAACAAGUUCCUUAAGAAACAGGGUCUCGAGAACGAAUUUCCUUUGUUCACUUCUGUUUAUCGAAUCCUUACCGGCACAAUGUCAGUCGAGUCCCUUCCCUCCCAGAUUGAGCAGUAGAAAAGGCAAAGGCAAAUGGUUUCGAUCAGCAACUUUUGAUUUCUUCUAUUGUGCUUCGAAUGGGACAUGGUUUGGCGGGUGAUGAUGGCAUGGCGUCCAUUGGGUGGUCAAAAUAGCAGGCAGGCUUGUACAUAGAUUUCCUAUUGCACGCGCACAAGCAAAACAUACAUAGAAAUAGACAAUUGUCAGAUUGUCUUUACUAU